AUGUCCAGUCGAACAGUCCUGCUGAUGAAUUUUACAUCCAGUGGUUUUGGGCGUUAUAACCUUGCAGACCUCUUCCUUUUCUCACCAUUGGAUAGUGCGAUGGAAGCCGCCUCGAGUGGUGAGUUACCUCAGAAUGAUGCAACCGUGGACUUGCAUUCGGUCUUGAGGGAUUUCCAUGCUGAUUUGGACCCAAUAGAUGCUGAAGAUUUCGAUGUUGUUCAUUACAUUAAUGAGUUGUUUCCGUCUGAGCAAUCAUUACCAGCUAUUGAUGAUAUAAUUGCCAGCAUUCAAGAAAAGUUAGAGAAUAUUGAUGCACAAACUCGUCAAAUUGUCAGGGGUCAGUGGACACUUGAGGAGCAGGGUGAGCGACUCGUCAGUGAGGCUUCAGAUCUCAUUCAAUCAUUGUUUGCGAAAAUUCGUGAAGUUCAAAAGCGUGCGACAUCUUCAGAGCUAAUGGUAGCGGAAAUUACCAAGGAUAUCCAGCAACUCGAUCAUGCAAAGCGAAACCUUACAGGCUCAAUAACAACGCUUAAUAAUUUAGCCCUCAUUGUCGGUGAUGUUGAUCACUUGAACGCGACUUUGUGUAUCAAUACACAUGCUCUUGGGAAUGGUUCUUCUUCCACAAAUCCUUUCGGCCUGGGUGUGUUUUGUUGUAUGGAUUUCCUUCUUUCGAAUCUAACAAUGAGCUUAUCGAUUGCAUUUGUUUUAGAAAACGCUCCCAAGGUUCUCCAGUCGGCAGAAAUUGAAGACCACUUAGCUCGUGCUCAACGUCUAAUGGAACCGAUGAUGGCCGCUUACUCAUCCGUGCCUGCUAUCGUGGAGCUGAACGAAGAGCUCAAAAAUAUUUACACGACUAUAAAUUCUCGACUGUUUAUUGAAAUGCGCGAACUUUUAGCGAGCCCUUCCGCCCGCAUAUUGACCGAAUAUGCACCAAAAAUUCUCACUGGCUGUCGUCUACUGGACCUGCUACCGACUGAUAACAUGAAAAUGGAAAUAAUCAAUUGGUUCAUCACUCAACAACUUGCUGAAUAUCGUGAGCUGUAUGAGCCCUCACAAGCCAUCGCGUGGCUGGACAAAAUUGAUCAUCGGUAUGCUUGGCUGCGCACUAACGUCACUCCUUUGGAACGCAAGAUUCGAACCCUUUUCCCACAAGAAUGGCUUGUCCUCGAGAGACUGAUUGUAGAGUUCUGUCGUAAUACGCGAGCAGAUUUAGAGGUCGUUAUGCAACGCCGGCGCGCGGAGAUAACCCACAAUCUCCUGGUAUUUGCAAUGCAGCGUACAAUCGCAUUUGAGAGCAGUCUCUCGAAGAUUGCGACUGGCGCAAUCUUGCUAGAAGAACAGAGGAAGUCCGAGGAAGAGAAAGAAUUACCCAAAAAGGGUGGUGCAAAUGCUGAAAAGGAACCUAGUAACCCAUUCGACAAAGAUGUGGAAGCCGAAGAGCAAAAAAACAUCGCUCAGAAUCCUAAAUCGCAACAGAGUGCAUCUCCAUUUGAGGGAAUUAUUUCGAAUUGCUUCGCUCCCUAUUUUGAUCUCUACUUGAACAACAUUGAACGGGCUCUAAAUGACCAGCUGACUACUCGACUAAUAGGCGACUAUACUAUGAAUAAAUCGAGCCUGAAAAGCCGAGCCUUUGGGGAUGUAUUUCGAGACGGCACCGCACCGGGAGCUCCAGCGAGUGGUGACUUGGCUGAAAACACGCUUUACUCGGCCACUGACUUGUUCCUCCUUUACAAGCAGCUUCUCAAGCAGACACUUCAGUUGACGAGAGGCCAAGGUCUUUUGGGACUGGUGGGAUUGCUUCGAAAGUACCUCGGCGAGUACACUGAGAAAGUUCUCCUGCCAGGCAUACCCGGGCUCACUUCGAAUUCUUCAUCUGGUAGUGUUCUUACAAAACCUUUCAGUCUCAGUAGUCUCGCUUCCUUGGGCUUGAGCCAAGAUGACAGCUCAGCGGCCAAGAAGGAUAGCAUAACCUUCUCGGCCAGCAAUUUUUCCAACCAAUUCUUUACCAACUUCCUUCGUGAGGAUCAGCCUAUGCAUCUGUCUAACGACGAAGUUAUUCGUGUCUGCGUGAUUAUCGUCACCGCCACUUACUGUAUGAAGACUGUUGAGGAAUUGGAAAAGCGUCUCAAAGCUGAGGUGCGUCCUGCCUCGCUAGCAGGGGAGGUAAGUUUCGGUCCGGAGGUGAGCAGUCUGACAGACUGCCGAUCGGCAUGCGUGCACCGCCUUGUGGCGGACCUCGAGGCUUCCGUGGUGCCGCAGCUCACGGCUAUGACGCGCAUGCCCUGGGCCAGCCUUUCUGCUGUUGGUGACCAGUCGCCAUACGUCACUGCCAUCAUUGCUCACCUCAAGUCUCAGGUACCGCUCAUGAGGGAUACCCUCUUCUCCGUUAGGGCCCACUUCACGCAGAUCUGCAUAAAGUUUGCUGACGCGAUAAUCAAUCGCUUUGUGGCCUCCCUCUACCGGUGCAAGCCACUCAAUACAUUUGGCGCUGAGCAGCUUCUUCUAGACACCCAAUGCCUCAAAUCUGCUCUCCUCCAGUUGCCUCUGUUCGGAACUAAGAUAACCCAGCAGCCACCGCGCACUUUCACAGCUCUGGUGCAAGAGGGCAUGGCUCAUGCAGAGCGAAUAAUCAAAUCGGUCAUGCUGCCCAUUGGUUCGCCCGCUGGCGGCACAUCUCCUCCUGCGUCCGUGCCCACGACCUCCGUCGCUGCUGGGGCCACCACAAACCCCUUCGACACGCCCGCUGCAAGCGACGCCCCUCCUCCACCCACACCCACCGGCUUUGUGAUGGGUCCCAUAAGCAGCAAGGCUGCUGACGCCUUCGUCAAGAGCUUUUUGCAGCUCAUUCCCACGGCUGAUCAGCAAGUCCUUCAGAAAGUCAUGGACAUGAAGGGCAUCAAACGUAGCGAUCAGUUCGUAAUCAUUGACGAGUUUCGCGCGACGAUCAAGACCAAAAAUGCACAGGAGGAUCAACAACAGCAGUCCUUCAAAUCCAAGGCCGCGGACAUGCAUCACUCCGUAUCCACUGGCAACGUGAAAAGUCUGCGGGGCAAGAAGCAGGCCAAUGGAAAUAUUUUGGGCACAACCUUCGAAUUCGAUUCUGAAAAUACUCUUUUCCUCUAG